AUGGGAUACUCACCUCCAGAAGGAGAACCGAACCGGGUGAUUGCCUCACCACGUGGCAGCACCGCGAUGCAAGCGAAUCCAAGGAAUCCCGAUGACAGCAUUGGUGAGAGCGGUGAGGACAGUCCCGAGUCACACAAUGGAGCAGCGGGACCGUCUUCGCCAUCCAGCUCAGCAAGCAGCCCACCGGAACCAGAGAAACCGGUGGAACAGCGCAGGUCAAGCAGACAGCCAAAAUUCUUUGUUGCCUCCCUGGAAGGAGCUUUCUCUCGGCUCUUCCGCACCCUGAGCCUCCGUGGGGAGGGGCGUGACCAAGGCGGGCAGGUGACUCCACGCGCGUCUGUUUCCUCGCCGAGACUGGAGCCUCGGCGUCGAUCCUGCGGCCGCUGGUGCCGUCGCCUGUCUCGCCUGGCAAGCUUCUCGGCUGACUAUGUUCCCAGAAAGCUGAUUGCAGCCGGGCAGCCACGACGGCACUGCCGCCGCCAUCCCAGUGAGCUGGAAUUGGUAACGCGCCCCAAGUUGGUCCUGCAGGAGGCCACUCCCCAGCAACCCAAAGAGGCGUCCGGGCCGGCCGGCGGUGAUAGCGGCCUCACUACCAGCUUUACCAUCGUCUCGACCACCACCAGUAGCAGCAGCAGCAGCUCUGAGCCCAACAGCACCAUGGACCUCUCCUUCAUGGCCGCGCAGCUUCCAGUUAUGGGAGGAAUAUUUAUGGACUCACCCAAUGAGGAAUUUAGCACAGAAUAUUCUUUGUUUAAUUCAUCUGCGAAUGUCUACAAUGCUGCCUCAGUGCCAAACCAGCCAGAAGAGACAUCUCGUUCUUCAAAUGAUGCCAUUUUGUUAUGGAUUGCAAUUAUAGCCACAAUUGGGAACAUUGUAGUUGUUGGAGUUGUGUAUGCAUUUACAUUCUGAGAGAUA